CCAAGGUGGUUACGUGUUGCGUCACUACGCUACGUGUAGUCGUGACGCUACAGUCUCGCGUGAUGAGACUUUUGGAGUCGGGAUUUUCUGUAAGACUGGAUGCCAGGAGCUUGCAAUUAAGAGCUUUGAGGGGCGGCUUAAAAUGGCUGAAUUGUUAAUGGAGUGCGAGGAGGAAGAUCUAGAACCAUGGCAACAAAGAAUAAAAGAAGUUGAAGAUGAUGACGAUGAUGAGCUAAUAUUUGUUCGGGAAAUUAGUGGAGCACAGCAACCUCCUGCAAGAAACACUGCGUCAUUUCAUCCUUCCAAAAACCACUAUAAGACUGCAUCUACUGAAAACACUAUUGUUCAGCCAGUUAACACCUUAUACCAGCCUGUAACUAGACCAGUCACUAGUUCUGCCAUUGUCCAGCCACUACCAAGACCUGUUGGCUCUCCAGAGCCAAUUAAAAGGCCACUUACAGUAGGUUUACCAUCACAUCUGCCACCAAGGCCAAGCCCAACAAUUCUCCAGCCCAUCUGCAGACCUGUGACGGUUCCUUCAAACGCACAGCCAGUAUGUAAAAACAUUACAUUUCCUGCAACCACUCAGCCAGCCAUCAGACCAGUUGCCACCAUUACUGCACAGCCUGUUAUUCUGAACCAGGGUUAUAUUAUGAGUUCAUCCCAAGUUUCCUCAAGUAAUGCCCCAAAUGUGAUGUAUACUUUACGACCAAGCACAACAUUAACACAGUACCAGGGUGUACAUCCUUUCACUGCCACAGAAAAUGCAACUCAAUUAGUUCGCCCAGUACAGCCACUUAACCAAGCUUUCCCUGUAUCACCUCCCACAAGGACAGUUCCUGCAGCUGUACACAGACCUACUCCUCAAAUGGCAACUGCUGCAAAAAAUCUAAACCUGGUUGCUGGGCCACAGCAGUCUUUAUUAAUGAAUUCACAUAAAGCUCAGCAAGGAAUUCAAACUCAAAGUUCUGGAGCAAGUAUUGGGUGGAAUGACAACACAGCAACAGAGAAACGAGCAGCUCCUAUUGAGAUUUCUGAUAUUUCACCAAAAAAAACAAAAAAUAGGGAGAAUGAAUGUGACAGUAGAUUUUUUGAUUCAUCAACAUCAGCGAAACCACCCAUGUUGUUACAGUCUUCCCCUACAAAAGUAAAUGCAGGGACCAGUUCGGGAACAACAUCAAAACAUGGGCCACCUAUUCCUCAAGCAUGCCCAAAGUGCAACAUACAUUUCAAUCUUUCGGAACCUAUGAGAAAACAUAUGAAGUUUUGUUGUCCUGACAAAGUGGACCACUUUUUCAGUGGAGUGACAAACAGUGAAGCAGUGAAUGCCUCAGGAAUUAUAGAGGAUGCAGAGAAAGGAAAGCUGAUUAUGUUAGUCAGUGAUUUCUAUUAUGGAAGGUAUGGAGGAGACCUUUACUUGGCCCAGCUGGAGCGGAAGACACAUACAACUUUCAAAUGUUUUAGCUGUCACAAAAUUCUUAAGAACAACAUAAGGUUUAUGAACCACAUGAAGCACCAUUUGGAGCUUGAGAUGCAGAGCAAUGAAAGUUGGGAAAACCACACCACCUGCCACCACUGCUAUCGGCAGUUUCCCACACCUUUCCAGCUGCAGUGCCAUAUUGAAAGCUCACAUACUCUCUAUGAAUCAUCAACCAUUUGCAAGAUAUGUGAGUUAUCUUUUGAAUCAGAACAGAUAUUGCUGCAACAUAUGAAAGACAACCACAAGCCGGGUGAAAUGCCCUAUGUUUGUCAGGUCUGCGGUUACAGAUCAUCAGCUUAUGCAGAGGUUGACAGCCAUUUUAGGUUUGCUCAUGAAAAUACAAAAAGUUUGCUUUGCCCAUUUUGCCUCAAAGUUAUUAAGUCUGGAACACCAUAUAUGCAGCACUACAUGAAACACCAGAACAAAGGAGUAUAUCGUUGUGCAAAUUGCAGACUUCAGUUUUUGACUUGUAAGGAAAAAAUGGAUCAUAAAACUCAGCAUCACAGGACCUUUCGAAAGCCAAAACAAUUAGAGGGCCUUCCUCCUGGUACAAAGGUUACAAUUAGAGCAUCAGUUGGAUCCAUCGUGAAUAGUGUCCAUUCUCCCACCAAUACUGCUUGCACAAGCCCCCCAUCUACUGCUCUUCAAGCAUCUUCAAUAAGCAAAAUUACAAAUGCUAAAAUUACUCAAGGACCUUUAGUUAAAUCAAAUGUGCAAAACACAAAACCAAAAAUACCACCUCCUAAGAAGAAGCCAGUAAGCACAACUUCCAAAAAACGAAUUAAGAUGAUCAAUACAGCACUGCGAAAUCUAAGGUCGGUGGCUGGGUACCAUAAAUGUAUUGAAUGCCAGCUGGAGGUAAAAGAUUUUGAGGGUCAUUUUCACACACAUGUGCACUGCACCAAAUGCAAAUUCAGUACAAGUUGUAAUAAGGCCUAUACAAAUCACAUGAUUCGCUUCCAUGGCAGAAGUUCCAGCAAACAGGCUAAGGCUUCAAAAAAAGCUGCAAAAGGCAUAAGGCGGAUUACUUUAGUGUGCCUCAACUGUGAUUUCCUGACUGAUGUGUCUUGUUUAGAUGACAUGGCCAAACAUCUGAGUGAAAGCCACUCUCACUCUUGUCAAGUUAUCUUAGAGAAUGUUUCCAUAUUUUCCUCAACUCUUGAAGGAGACAUGGCUAAAUCAAGAAAUGAGUCUUUAGUAGGGGAGAGGCACAACUAUUGCAAGAUAAUGUUGUAUGAAACAAAGACAUCAACAAACCAAAGCAAAGGGGAAACCAACACUCUCAAGACAAUUAAAGAAAACAGUACUUCUGAAAGUAGCAAGAUGAGUGAUGUUCAGAGUAACUUAUCCCUACAUGACAUACAUGUUACACCUGUGGAGCCUGUGAAAGAUUCUGAUCAAACCACUCAGGAUGGAUGUAACACUAACCCCAUUAUUGGUAUAGCACAAACAGACAGUGAUGAUAAGGGUUUAAUGAGUUCUGUAGAGGAGGAAACAUUGAACAGAGAUCUUUCUUUAGAAACAGACCAUAACCUUGACAAUAAAUGUAUCUGUGACACCGCCAAUGAAAGCAAGCCAUCUCUGGAAGAUGUUAUCCCGAACAUAGAGAGUCCGAACCCAAACUUUGCAUGUGAGGAAAACAGCUUUGUGCAAUUUUUGAGAAGAAGGGAUGAACCUGAAUCCAUAUGUUCUGAUGUUAGUGAGCAAAGCAGUGUACACCUUGAACCAUUAACACCUUCUGAAGUUCUAGAGCACGAGGCCACAGAAAUACUGCAGAAAGGCACUGCCACUGCUUGCCAUCAAAUUGGAGCACCUUGUGAGCAAACUGAUGACACUAAAGAACAUUUAGAAACAAAGACUCUUACAGAGGAAAAUUAAGCUAUUUCCGAAGUGUUUUUGGAUAAAGCCCUGGCAACCCACAUAAUGAAUGUUUUUGUUACAUGUGAGCUUUUUGUAUGUGGAGUCAGCAAGGAAUGAUGAACUACUUUUCAUUUUGACUGACAGAGAGACACAGAGGGGCACAUUUACUAACCCACGAACGGGCCGAAUGCGUCCAAUUGCGUUUUUUUCGUAAUG